AUGCCCAAAGGCUGUCAGGCUAUCAUGACUUAUGCCAGUACUGAGCCGGCGCCACCUCCAGUCGACGGCUAUAUCAUGCAAGCCCCAACUUCAGAUCGCGAAACAGCAGGAUUACUCAUGCCACAGGACCUGCUUUCCGCUAGUCUCGAAUACGCUGGAGAUCUUAUUGCUAAAGGCAAGGAGAAGACCAUCAUGCCAGCCUCCUUCAUCCCAUCUAUCAUCACCUCGCCUGUGACAGCAUACCGCUGGUACUCCUUAGCCUCCGUUGGCGGCGAUGACGACUUCUUUUCGUCUGAUCUACCGACCUCAGCUCUUCAGUUUACCUUUGGCAGACUGGACAAACCGAUGUUAAUUUUGAUGUCUGAGAAGGAUGAGAUGGUUCCGCUUACGGUGGAUAAGGAGUUGUUGCUGGGGAAAUGGGUCAAAGCCAUUCCAGAGGGUUUGGCGAGUGAGCAAUCACAGAUUAUUACCACCGCUGACCACGAGCUCAGCGAGGAAAGAGUAGCUAGGUAUUUCGUAGGGCUGGUUGUUGAAUUCCUAAAGGAGCUCAACAAGGAACCUGCUGGAGCGCCCUUGAAGCUCCAACAACCACACCAUCGCGCGCUACUACAAGUCUAUAAAAUGGGUAUCCCCUACUCCCGCCAAAUCAACGCCGCCUUCGAACAAGUUACACCCCUCGUAGCCGCAGGUUUCAAAGUCCUUCGUACAACACGCGACAUCUCCAUUCUACUCGCUGUUAUUCAGGUCUUGACUGUUUUCUUACUGGGACUUAUCCUCAUCGCGCUCGUUGUCCUUCUGUAUUGCGUGAAUCCAGAUUUGGAGGUUCGCUUACACCUUGACGAUGCUUGUAACACUCCGUUCGAUACUGAUGUCUACCAGGAAGAAAGGCAAGCUAUCAUAACGCCUUGGUUGCGGUACUUUGCUGGUAUAACGCUUUGGUCGGUAUUGAGAACUUUUCUCUCCCUUCUAGCGGUAGCAGGGCUUGCGGGGGCAGCGACAUGGCACUUUUUCUUGGCGAAACAAUGGGUCGAGGAUGUGGAGUAUGAGGGCAAUGUCGAUGCUGAUAAGGCGCUGGAGGAUCUAGAUGAUGAUGCUCAGGCUGAAGGCGGUGGGAAUGGUGGAAAUAAGGGAAAGGGAAAAGGGAAGAAGUGA